ACCCACAUACUUCCAUCUCCAAAUCUCUCACAAAUCACAAUAUACCCACUGCUCAGCGGGUAAUGGGUCAUUUUGUAUGUUCCUAUUCCGAAUUAAGUUUGAGACUAAAAUUUGAUCGUUGAUAUAAAUUUUGUUACGUUAAAGUUUGGUCGAUGAUAUUAUUUCUCUCAACUUUGAGAUAAGAUAAAUUAGUCGAGAUAACUUUGUCCGCAAACCAAACAUGAUACGAGCGGUAUAUAUAGAUAGAGAAGGUUAAAAAGAUCAGCCACAACCCAAAGUAGUCAUUGUACUGAAAUUUGUCUUGUCCAUUAGAUCCAUAAAACCCCUCUACCAAAAAUCCAUCUUCUUUCCUUUUUCUUUCUUCCUUUCAUUAGCCGAUGGGUUUAUUGAGGUCAGAUCUGAAUGGAAGAAUGAUCUACCCAGAACCCAUUGACCACUUCGACCGUUUACCGGACUCCCUUCUUCUCUUCAUCUUCAACAACAUCGGCGAUGUCAAAGCUUUGGGUCGUUGUUCUCUCGUUUCUAGAAGGUUCCAUACCUUAGUUCCUCAAGUUGACAACGUUGUUGUUCGCGUCGAUUGCGUUAUCUCCGAUGAUGAUUCAACUUCUUCUUCUACCUCUUCUGGUUGUUCUUCCGAUAAGUCCCGACACCCCAUCUCUUCCCUUUUUCGUCUAGUCUUCUCUGGUUUGCUUAAACCGUUUCAGUCUAUUACUCAAUUCAUCUCCAUUUCAUCUAAACGUGGUGCUUCUUCUUCAUCGGCUGUUCUUGAUGAUGGUGAUGAUUUUGAUAAGAGCGUUGUUACCCACCAUUCGCCUACUCAAGUGCUGAAGAAUUUUAACGAGAUUAAGCUGCUUAGAGUCGAAUUGCCGAGUGGUGAGCUGGGGAUAGAUGAUGGGGUGUUGUUGAAAUGGAGAGCGGAGUUUGGGUCAACGCUUGAUAAUUGUAUUAUACUUGGUGCUGCCUCUGUGAUUGAACCUGUAGGUAGUAGUAGCAGUGGUUGUAGUGUUGAGAACGCUGAUGGAAAUGGAGAAAACGAUAAUGGGAGUAUACCCGAUUCGUUUUACACGAAUGGGGGAUUGAAGCUGCGUGUGGUGUGGACGAUUAGUUCGUUAAUUGCUGCUUCUGCAAGGCAUUAUCUGCUGCAGCCGAUAGUCGCGGAGCACAAAACUCUGGAUAGUUUGGUUUUGACUGAUGCUGAUGGGCAAGGAGUUCUGUGUAUGAACAGAGAGCAAUUGGAGGAGCUGAGGGUGAAGCCUCUGUCAGCUUCUUCGGCAUCCAAAAGGACAUUGGUUCCGGCACUGAACAUGCGGUUGUGGUAUGCCCCGCAUUUAGAAUUGCCUGAUGGAACAGUGCUCAAAGGGGCUACCUUGGUGGCAAUUAGGCCGAGUGAGCAGCCCAAGAAAGAGGUACUUGGCGCGGAUGGGAAUUGGGUGGAAGCUGCGUUCGAGGAGCCUUAUGGGACAGCUGCUAGGAUGUUGGUGAAAAGGAGGACUUAUUGUUUGGAAAUGAACUCAUUUUGAUUAUAGAAUUAAUGCUGGUUGGAUUGAUUCAUGGAUGCAUUUCUGAGGGAACACUCCGGACACUGAGGAAGUUGGAUUUGCUCAUACUUGAAAGCAGAGAAAAGCUAAGAGCACAAUUUUGUUAUGAGCUAGCUUGCCUGAAUUAACGAAGUCUUGUUUCUGGAGAUGAAGUACCAGUUAGCAAUUGAUGAACUUUGGAUCAGCCAGUGUCGCUUUGAAAGAAUUGAUGAUAGGCAUCUGGAAGAUGUUACGAGAGUUUUUUGCCUUUGACUUUGUUGCACACUCCUUUUAUAGUUUUCUCUCUGUGAAUAUUGUAGUUAUAUUCAUGAUCUUAUUUGAUGUCAUGUACCUCAAGGUUCAUGAGUAAUGAAUUGUGCGUUCUUUAUUAGUUGAUUUACUUGUGAAAUUGCAGCUGGUUAUAGGUAAAUCAGUGAAUAAACCUUGUAAUGGUUUUCAAUUUUUAGCUGUUGGCAGCUUCUAAUAAUUGAUCUGAUUGCCAGGGUGGAUUCAGCUGA